GUCAUGGAGGAGGUGCACGCGGGGAUCUGCUCCGCCCACCAAGGAGCCUACGCGGUAUCAAGGAAGAUAACCCUCCAAGGAUAUUUUUGGCCAACGAUUGUUAAGGAUUGCGCAGAGUUUGUGAGAAAGUGCAAGGUGUGCCAAGAGUUCCAGAAGGUACCGGGGAGGCCUUCGACAAACUAUACCCCCAUCAGCACCGUUAUCCCGUUCGCGCGGUGGGGGGUGGACCUCGUAGGUGCGCUUCCUAGAGGUACCGGGAACGUGCGAUAUGUCAUUGUAGCCAUCGACUACUUCACCAAGUGGGUGGAGGCGGCCCCGUUGGCGAGCAUCACUGGAGCUCAAUGCCAGAAGUUUCUCGCGAAGCAAGUCAUCUGCCGCUUCGGCGUUCCCGAACACACGAACGGGCAGGUCGAGAACGCCAACCGAACGAUAGUCGACGGGCUGAAGCGGAAGUUGGAAGCUUGUGGAGGGGAGUGGGCAGAGGAGUUGCCCUACAUAUUAUGGACUUACCGGACCACGCCCCAAAGGGCAACCGGGGAAACCCCGUUCGCUCUAUGCUACGGAUUUGAGGCAAGGGCACCCGCAGAGAUCUCCAUCGCAACCCAUCGGGAGGCGGUCUUUGACCACGAGCGCAAUGAGGAAGCCCUGGCAGCCGAGCUCCACCUCGUGCAUGAAUGACGAGAGGCGGCCUUCAUUCGGGCAGAAAAUUACCGCAGGAAG